UGGGGGUUCUCCAAGGCCGUCUUCCCAGCUGAAGUCACACUGUACCCUAAACGUUCCAUGGCCUGCCUCAUCUGCAACUCUUGGUUCCUUGCAGAUCCUGCUCUCUCUGUUAACUGUGGACAUGUGCAAGGGGCCCACCCCUGAGUCCAGAUGACACUAAUGCCGAUGGCUUCGGUGAUGGCAGUGACAGAACCAAAAUGGGUCUCGGUCUGGGGUCGCCUCCUGUGGGUGACACUGCUGAGCAUGGUGCUGGGGUCCCUACUGGCUCUGUUGCUGCCACUGGGGGCCAUGGAGGAACAGUGCCUGGCCAUGCUCAAAGGCUUCUACCUGCUCAGAAGCACAUUGCACAGGGCACAGCAUGCCGUCACCAAGUGCACCAGCCCGUCCACAGAGCUCAGUGUCACCUCCAGGGAUGUGGCACUGCUGGUGGUCAAGACCAAAGCCUCUCCAGCAGGUAAGUCGGAAGCCAAAGCAGCAUUGAACCAAGCCCUGGAAAUGAAGCGCCAGGGCAAGCGGGAGAAAGCUCACAAGCUCUUCUUGCAUGCCCUCAAGAUGGACCCAGACUUCGUCGAUGCACUCAAUGAGUUUGGCAUCUUCUCGGAAGAAGACAAGGACAUCAUCCAGGCCGAUUACUUGUACACCAGAGCUCUGACCAUCUCUCCCUCCCACGAGAAAGCGCUGGUCAACCGCGACCGGACGCUGCCGCUCGUGGAGGAGAUCGACCAGAGGUAUUUCAGUAUCAUCGACAGCAAAGUGAAAAAGGUCAUGUCCAUCCCCAAGGGCAACUCUGCGCUGCGCAGGGUCAUGGAGGAGACGUACUACCAUCACAUCUACCACACGGUCGCGAUUGAGGGCAACACUCUCACCCUGUCGGAGAUCAGGCACAUCCUGGAGACCCGCUACGCCGUGCCAGGGAAAAGCCUGGAGGAGCAGAACGAGGUCAUCGGCAUGCAUGCGGCCAUGAAGUACAUCAACACAACCCUGGUCUCCCGCAUAGGCUCCGUCACCAUCAGCGACGUGUUGGAGAUCCACAGGCGGGUGCUGGGGUAUGUGGAUCCCGUAGAAGCCGGCAGGUUUCGGAUGACACAGGUCCUGGUCGGACACCACAUCCCUCCCCAUCCUCAGGAUGUGGAAAAGCAGAUGCAAGAGUUUGUGCAGUGGCUCAACUCUGAGGACGCCAUGAACCUGCACCCAGUUGAGUUUGCAGCCUUGGCCCAUUAUAAACUCGUUUACAUCCAUCCCUUCAUUGACGGCAAUGGAAGGACGUCUCGCCUGCUGAUGAACCUCAUCCUGAUGCAGGCAGGCUACCCGCCUAUCACCAUCCGCAAGGAGCAGAGAUCCGAGUAUUACCACGUGUUGGAAGUCGCCAAUGAAGGCGACGUGAGGCCGUUCAUUCGCUUCAUCGCCAAGUGUACUGAGACCACCCUGGACACCCUGCUUUUUGCCACAACUGAGUACUCGGUGGCGCUGCCAGAAGCCAAACCCAACCAUUCUGGCUUCAAAGAGACGCUUCCUGUGAAGCCCUAACCUUAUAAAAUCUCCCUUGGUGACAGGGGAGGCGGAGGGGGAAUCAAAGGAACUUAGUAUUUCUGGAAACCUAGUCAUCUCCCAAAGCUAAAGGUGACCUUAAACAUUCUUUACCUCCAAAUGUUUUUGUUUUAGUUAAAAAAAGAAAAAAACUAAAUUAUUGAGCCUUGUCUCUAAGAUAAUUUAUAUUUCAGCCAAGUUAUUUAUUUUCUUCUUUUGAGCAAGCUAGUAAAUGUGUGGUGUCUGCUGUGUCCAUGCUGGUGCCACUGUUCAGAUGGUGGUGCCAGCAUGCUUUAGGGGCAUCAGUGCUCCUGUGUGACCAGAACACAGGUUCUGGAGCAGAAUUUGCACUAAGGUGAGGCAGAGAGGCCAGGAGCUAUGGGAUAAUGCCCAGAGCCACCAAGUCUUUCUCUGAAACUGGCUGAAAGGUUCUGACUUUAAAUGGGAAGUCAGCACUCCUGGGGAAAACCUGGUCUGGGUUUCUCAUCCCAGUUUUGAGAAACGAUUGAAAGCUUGCUUUCUCAGAGGUUUUUGCUCCCCUACAAAGAGAUUAGUGUGUGACUUUGACUGACAGAGCAAAGCUUUGAGAGAUGAAAUGAAUGUUGACAUUUCUAGUAAGAUAUCUUGCUUAUUUGUAGAAAUACUCUGAGCCAUAGUUUGCAAACUUUAGUGCCAGAAGCUAUUACUUUUUCUUUAUCAAAACCAUUUUUCUAAUUAAGGAUAGAGGGGUGGACAGUCUGGUUUUUUGUGUGUCAACAUUUCUCUCGCUGUUCAUUUGCCACAACUCAGAUCAGGUGUUUCUUUUUGUGUAAAAGGUCUCUGGGUUUGUCACCCAGCAACUGCAUCAUGCUGCAAACCGAGUAGUAUGCAAGUGGGCAAGUCUGUCCUCACCCCCUCCUGAGUUUUCUGUAGGUGGGUGUUAAAGAACAUCUGAGAAAACAGAUGCCACAUCAACACCAACCAAACAUUUCUGAAAAUGAAUUAGAGCACCAGUCUCUCCUGAACCAAGUAAAAACCUUUGACCACAGCCAGGGUGUGUUGUGUCCCUUUUGUUAUGCAGUUUCAUCCACCUCCUGUCCCAACCCCUACUUCCCACAGCCACUGUACUGUCCUGCUCCCCUGGGGAGGCAGAAGAGAUUGCAUCAGAGUAGCCUUAUUUUUCUAGCACCUUGUAAAACAAUACAAUGUUACAUGUAAUACAGCCAAGUUUCCAAGUCAUCAUCUUAUGAGUAGAAUCUUCUCUUUCAGUCAUACAUGGCACAAGUGCCAACAGGACUGCUGCUAUGUAGAGUGAGAAUGGCCAGAAAUCCUUAGGUUCCUUUGCCAGUGCCAGAGCCCGUGAUGCUUAGAACGGGCACUUUGUCAGUAUUUGAAUGAGGGUGAGCAUACUCAUACACAAAGUGUUGUCUCUUUGAUUUGAAGAUUAAGUUCCUCACAGUAAUGAGGUCACUACUCUGAUGUAGCAAAUGUUCAUACACUUAUUCAAUAGUAUAAAUAGCACAUUCAGAGUUUUCUGAAAGGUUAAGAAAAAUAAGUGAAAAGAUGUAUGACAUGGCUUCAAAUGAGUUAUUCAAACCUUUAUAAAAAAUGUUCCAUACUUUUAUGCUGCCAUAAGGUAUUUCUUAAACCUUAACUCUUCUAUUGUUUGGGUUUUAUAAGCAUACCAAGGAAGUCUGACAGAAGCGCUUGCUUUGUACUAUAGAGUGAGAGAAUUUGCACUUUAGCUAUAUGUGAAGGAUAUUAUUUUAACAAAUUACUGAUUGUAAUAAAGUAUUUUAUCACAUAAA